CUCUGACCUGCUUAUAUUCAGAACAGGAAUUGUAGAAAAGAGGUGUGCUAGAAAAUGUCCCUGGAAGAGCUUAAUGAUUAUGCUAAUCCCAAUGUAUUUCAAUAUAAGGGAAUAUAUUUUCACAAUGAAUAUACAACACCUGAAAUGAUAGAUUCUCUGGAGCAUCUUGAAAUCAGAGACAGCGAUGUUUUCUUGGUGACUUUUCCAAAGUCAGGAACAGUUUGGACACAACAAGUCCUGAGUCUAAUUCUCAAUGAAGGACACCGCAAUGGAGUGGAAGCUCUUAAUAACAUUGACAGAGCUCCAUGGAUUGAAUACAAUUUAAAUAAUGUUAAUUUUGAUACCCGACCCGAUCCUCGACUUUUUUCAUCUCACCUUCCUUAUCACUUAAUGCCAAGGGAUCUGAGGAACCGGAGAGGCAAAAUUGUCUAUGUAUACAGGAAUCCAAAAGAUGUCUUGGUGUCCUUUUAUCAUUACUAUAAACUUAUGGUGAAGAUGCAACAGCCAAAUAGCUGGGAACAUUUCAUUGACCUCUUUAUAGCUGGCAAAGUGGUAGGUGGUUCCUGGUUUGAUCAUUUCAGAGGCUGGUACAUCAACAAGCAGGAGUUUAAUGUACUUUUCAUGACAUAUGAAGAAAUGAAAAAGGAUCUGCGAUCAGCAGUAAUGAAAAUGUGCAGUUUUUUGGGCAAAACACUUGAUGAUGAAGCAGUGGAUACUGUGGUGGAAAAAGCCACAUUUAAAAACAUGAGACAUGACCCACUGGCAAACUAUACAUUUUUACCUCAAGAUAUCAUUGAUCCAAGCAAAGGCAGUUUUCUUCGUAAAGGCACCAUUGGGGACUGGAAAAAUAUAAUGACCGUGGCACAGAGUGAGAUGUUUGAUCAAGUGUUUGAAGAGAAAAUGAAAGAUCUAAAAAUCAAGUUUACAUGGGAUAUUGAUGAAACCAAUUGA